CUCGUCGAAGAUCAAGAAGAAGAAGUAGUUACUGUGGGAACUUCCUGUUUGUAGUGUGACCGGAAGUGGAUAAAAACAUUGGAGGGAACGAAAAAUAUUCUGACAUCUGUUGAAAAGGACUACAUAGUCUCAGCCAGAUCACCAUGGCGAAAAGGAGGAGCCUGUCCAACCUGGUGGUGUCUUGUAAGUGGGCGUCCUGCACCUUCAAAGGCCACUGCAUGGAAGAGCUCAGUGAACACAUGUCACUGCACCUGAAGGAUCAUCUAGGAGACAGAGAUGCUAUGGAAGAACUAGAUGACUAUGCAUGUCUGUGGGAGGGCUGUGAGUUCCUGGCUAUGGGCAGUCCCAGGGAGCUGGAGAUCCAUGCUCACUUCCACACCUUCCACAGCAAACUCAAGUUCAUCGGGGAGCAGAUGCUCAAGUCCCACCCCAACUUCCCCAGCUGUACCCAGGACCUCCACAGCAACAACCUGGUCCCCGAGAUCUCAGAGGGACUUGUGUGCCAGUGGGAGCACUGUGAUAGUACAUUUAACAACCCGGAGUGGUUCUAUCGGCAUGUGGACAUGCACGCUCAUUGCACUGGUCUCUCUCCUCUCCCAGACCAGCAGCAGGCCAUCUUCUGCAGCUGGAAAGGUUGUGAUGCAUUCUUUAAGAUCAAGUACCGUCUGCGGGAGCACCUGCGCAGCCACACUCAGGAGCGUCUGGUGGCCUGCCCCACCUGCGGCUGCAUGUUCUCCAGCAACACCAAGUUCUUCGACCACAUCCACAGACAGGCCGAGCCAGAGGGUGAAUGGGCUCAGCUCUGCCUGGCCAGAAGUCACUGUUUUACAGCUUAUAGGCAGAUAUGUUAUUGGCUUAGACAUGUACAUUUUAAUUUGAUUGAAUGCCCUCUGAUUCUUGCAGAGUCCCUGGUGUGUGAGCAUUGUGACAAAGGCUUUGCCAAUGAGAGACUGUUGAGAGACCAUGUACGACAACAUGUGAACCAUAUCAAGUGUCCCCUAUGUGACAUGACCUGCACCUCUCUCGCCACUCUGAAGAUCCAUAUCAAGUUCCGCCACUGUGACGAGCGACCCUUUCCCUGUGACUUCUGUGAGAGCAGCUUUAAGAACCAGCACGACCUGCGGAAGCACAUGGAGACACAUAAUGAGGGGGCGGCCUACCACUGCUCUGUGGAGGGCUGUGACUACUCCUCCCGCAUGGCCCACACCAUGAACCAGCACUACAAGAGAGUACACGAGGGUGGAAUGGUCUCAAAAUACAAGUGUCAUCUCUGUGACAGAACCUUCUCUUGGUGUUACACACUCACUCUUCACCUGCGCAAGAAACACCACCUGAAAUGGCCCUCUGGACACUCCCGCUUCAGAUACAAGGAGGAUGAAGAUGGCUACCUGAGGCUGAACAUGGUGCGUUACGAGACAGUGGAGGUGACUCAGGAGAUCAUGAAGAACAUGGCUAAGAAGAGGACGCCCCAUAAGGGCCCCGGGUCCAGCAGCCGAGCCAAGAGAGCUGCCACCCGGGCAGCCAGGAGUCAUGGCUCUCCCCCUGGCUCCUCCUCCCCCUCAACUUGCUCCUCUUCCUCAGAGCUCUCUGCAGGGGAGGAGAGGUCAGCCCAGCCCAGCCCGAGGGGCAGUGACUCACCUGUGUACUGUGUACUGAGUAACGUGUCUGAUAUGGGGGAUGACCCCGACGCAACCCGGGACGGCUCUGACUCCUGCGGGCCCUCGGGUGCUGUGAGGGCCCUGACUGAGGUGGCCAGGGGUCUGGGGAUGGAUGUGGUGUGAUCACACACACAGACCCUCCUUAUUCUAGUGGUCCAAGUAAACUAUUGACGUUGCCACAUUGUUGUCUCCAACCUUGAUCCUGUAGACUAAAGUAGUGAUACCAACUUGAAUUGUAUCUCAAUGAAUAGGAAUAUUCCAUUCGAUGAAUGCAGCCAUUCAUAUCUAACGCACUGUCAUUCCUUUGUGAAAUGUGCACUUGGUUGAAGAAAUACAGAUCCAGUAUCUUCUCAGGACCAGUGUUGGAGACCACUAAUGUAGCAUUACUGAAUCACUCCAAUGUUACAGCUGUGCUGCAUGUAUGAUGGCUGGGCUUAACCUGGGAUGGACUGUUUAUUAAAGUUCACUAAAUGUUAGUAUCUCUGGAAGAGAUGUGACAAGUUGACAA